AUGUCUUGGAACGGAUCCAUUCCCUACAAGAUUCCUUACACGGGCGUUGCUGGCACUGCCAACUUCGUCCCUGGCGCCGCUGCCCAUCCUCCUGCGCCCCAGGAUACCGACGCCCAGGGCACCACUCAGCAGCCCGUUGUUGCUGGUGAGCCCGUCGCUGCCAGCACCAGUCGCAGCAAAGGCAAGAAAGUAGCUACCAAUGCAACUGCCUCGCCUCCCCAGGACCCAGUUCCUGCCCGAUUCGCUUCUGCUGGCGCUGCUGCUGCCAGUGGUGGCAUCGCCAUUGUCCCUGGUGGCCUUGGUGCUGGCAGCCCUUCCUCCUCGGAGAUUGCUGCUGUCAGUGGCCAAGGCCAGAUGAGUGGCCGGCAGAAUGGCCGGAACCAGGGGUCUCAGACUUCUCAGCCUAACACCAACCGCUUGCCUUUUGGCAUUGAUGGUCAAGGUGACGAGGGUAUGCCCUUGUCACCUACCACAAUGACCAUGAGCGCACAGCGCCGUGCAGACCGAGCGCUGCCUGUGGUUGCACAGGAGCUCGUGGCCGCCAGGGCCGAGAACCAGAGACUUCGCGACUGCAACCAGGCCUUGCGAUCUAGCUCGUCUGAGAUGCCUAUGCUGCGCCAGAUCAUCAACAGUCUGCAGAACACCAACUACCAGCUGCACACCCAAGCUCGGAGUCUCUUCACGCAGAUGUCAAGCAUUCAGCAGCAGGCCCAAGCCUUUGCCCAACAGCGCCAGGUUCUCCAGACUCAACUGGGCGACUCUAUUGCCACCCUCAAUGAGUUGACCAGCCUCGUCAUCCACCUGCAGUGUGUCAUCCGUAACAUCAACCCUGACAUCUUUGUCAUGUUCCCUGAGGAUAUCCAGGGUCUUUUGACCGACAUCCAUGAGGAGUGGAAGUGGCAGGAAUACUGCAGGAUGAUGCUGGAAGAAGAGAUGGGCAGUACGAGCCAGUCUUCUGGAAGCAGCACCAUCCAGACCCAGAACUCUCACCAGGGUCAGACUGAAAGCCAAGCCUCCUAUAGCGGGUCCGCCAAUGUCGCCUCCAACGAGUCUGCCAUCGGCUCUUCCACCAACUCUGACACUUUGGCUUCCGACAACGCGAGUGCCGGCUCUUCGAAUCGCAACAUUGACUCUACUGCUGGACCCAGCACUGAGCCUGCCGUCUCCUGGGAUGACACUUUUGCCGACUAUCUUGACGAAGAGUUCCUGGCCCAGCUAUUCACGGGUCAUACCCUUAACGCCCCGAGCAACAACGUGAGCUCUCGCCCUCAGCAGCCCCUCACUCCCGAGACCCCUUCCAGCAUUGGCACUCCCAGAACCAUCUACUCUUCUGCUGCAUCUGAGACCGUUCAGCAAGCCCAGGCUGGCCAUGGUUCCCAGACUUCUGAGGCUGCCCAGGAUGCCGAGUCUUCUGAGACUGUCGAAGACAUCACUGCCCUCGACACCAUCGAUGCUCACAACACCGCCACCACCCCUAAGCAGUAG